GCACAUGCCCAUGAAUGAAAACAUGGCGUCUAUGGAUAGGCUUGUGAGUAAGCAUCACCAGGAGAUAGCUGAACUUCAUAAUGAAGAAGUGAUCUGAGUAGAUAAUUAUAACUGGAAAAUACAAUCUACUCCUUCCUUGCUAUUAAGAUAUCAAAACCGAGGUCUGAAGUGUCUGACACUGAGUCAGGUCAACUCAUCACAGACGUGCAGAGGUCACGGAAUGCAUGGGAGCCGGAGAUCUACUACAGUAUUGUAGAUAUUGAGCUGAAGAAAUCAUUUUAGAGCAGCCACUUUGUCUUUCAUGAUAAGGCUUUUGGUGAAGAAAGUGUUGUUUCAAGAAUGAUCAGUCGAUUGCUGUUUGUUUGGGGCGUCUCCUUUCUAUUGGUCCAAGCCCAAGAGACAGGGAUCCCCUUUGCCCCUUCAAACCUCAAUAUAUCCACUCAAGGCAAAGAUUUUGUUCUAUCGUGGACCCCUCCAUUGAUCCGUGACUGGGAGAAUCUCACGUAUUCAGUCACGGUACGGAAUCAAGUCAGUAACGAGUCACGCAUGACCACCACUCUGAGUUCACUGUUCACCUUUAGCGAGAGCAUCGGAACGAGAGAUUGUCAAUUGUACGAGUUCACCCUGGUCUCCAUGAAUCAAGUUGGACUCAGUACGAAUGGUGUCUUCGGGAGUAGAAUAGUGCCUACGGAUCCUCGGAAAAUCAUGAGCAAUGAAGUUAUGACAACUGUUUCAUUGGCUGGUGGUCCUAAAGCAACACUUGUGUUUAAUGCCCCUGCCCCGUGCUCAGACUAUCCUAUCACUGGAUACCAAGUUGCCUACAGUGCCUACAGUGACCCUAAUGACCUCUCGGUACCUCAAGAACAGCGUCGGACUCUUGCUUUCCCGCGCACUCAAACCCAGUUAGGUGACGUCAUCGAAUUGGGCACCUCUAAUGGACUAGAGAUUGAUAGAUUGGUGGUGGUAGUAAUUACAGCUGUCAACAGUGCAGGGAAUACAGAAUCAGAGGAGAUUACAUUCCGAACCACCAGUGCCCAGUCAGCCAGUGUCACUAUCAACGACUCCUACAUCGGGACAGUCUCCUGUGACUUUGCCCCAGGCUCUACCGCCCAAGGCUGUAUGGUCUCGUUCACUCAAGUCGAUUCCAAUGGCAACAGAACGUUCCUCUUCAACGUCAACAUCAACGUAAGUCGGCCAACUGUCAAUGAUGUAGUUUUCAACGAGGUUCCCGAUGGUUCCGAGAUUGUGUCUACGGUACAAGAUUUGCAAUCGAACGGUAGAGUUGGACUUGUCUCAGCCCCUGCUAGUGUGAUAGGACCGUUCACACCAACUACCCAACCACCCCAACCAGACCCAACAGUGUCCACAACUCAGCCUGUGGUUACAAUCAGUCAGGAAGACCCAACAGUGUCCACAACUCAGCCUCUGGUUACAACCAGUCAGGAAGUGUUCACAACUCGGCCUGUUGUUACAACCAGUCAGGAAGGUGUGUCCGACUCUGUGAUAUUUACCAUCAUUGUUUUCGCCGUUGUGGCUGUUCUCGGUCUACUGGUGAUGGUGAUAGUUUUCUGUCCGUGUAUUAGAAAUAGGUCCAGAGGAAACAAGGUUGAAAUACCAAGAGAAGAGUCUACUGUAAGAACGAGAAAGCUGUCUGAUCGAAGCACUCUUUUGGAUUAUCAAAUGCGAGAGAUUGUGAAGUAUAUUCCAGAAUCAAUGAGAAUUCCCAGCUACAAUCUGAAACUACAAGAUGCAGUUGGUCAAGGAGCCUUUGGGAUUGUGUACAAAGGAUUACUAAUUGACUGGAACAAUGUUGCCAUAAGGGGCGUGGCAUUGAAGAUACUGAAAGGUCUGUUCACUCAGAGUGACGUACAGAGCAUGGUGAGUGAGAUCUCCAAGAUGCAAGAGUUCCACCACCCUCACGUUAUGUCCCUGAUUGGAGUGUGUCUUGACACUGGACCCGGUGCUUCCAUGGUGAUGCCAUAUAUGACCAACGGGAGCCUACUAGACUACUUGAAGAAAGAGAGGUGCAACUUAGAUUUGACAGAGGGAGAGAAUUCUGACAAGGUGUUUUCUGUCAGGAAGCUGUUGUUGAAGAUGUGUCAUCAGAUAGGUCUUGGAAUGGCAUAUCUUGCUCAGCACAAGUUUGUCCACCGAGACUUGGCUGCCAGAAACUGCAUGUUGGAUUCAAAUGGUGACCUCAAAGUGGGUGAUUUUGGCCUUGCUGAGGAUGUGUACAGUACUGGUUACUUCAGACAAAGUGAUUCUGAGAGGGUCAAACUUCCAUACAAAUGGUUGGCACUGGAGAGUUUAAACGAUGCCAUCUUUAACGAGAAGACUGACGUGUGGUCAUAUGGUGUGACCGUGUGGGAGGUCUUCAGUGGCGGCCGGACCCCCUACCCUGGAGUGGACCCAAUGUCCCUGGUGGCUCUACUCAGAGAGGGCAGGAGAUUGGAGCCUCCGCAGAAUGUUGCCUGUUCUACAGAAAUGGUCUCAUUAAUGGCUAGAUGUUGGUACGAGAAUUCUGAAGAGAGGCCAUCAUUUCAUGAGCUAGCAGCUGAGUUGGAUAGAGCUCUGACCAUCAUGGUAGGCUACGUGGAACUAAACAUGGAGCUACAAGUUGCUAUCACAGAGAAGGAGCUCGAGUAUGACUACGUCCUCUCACUUGAAGGGCAGAUAAAGCUUUCCAAAGCUUCCACUGAGGAAGUUGCCACAGAGACGAACGCUUCGUACGGGUUAAGAGCCGAAGAUCAGUUACAAACUGAAGAAGUACUCGUGGAAACCACUGUCGCUUAUGGAAUAACAAAAAAUCUUGAACUGAACAUGGAGCUAGUUGCAAUCACUGAGGAUGAACCUGUGGGGUGGCUGGUAAAUCUUCGGGAGAUUCUUCACCCAGUUUCCAAAAACCAUAACAUUACUCUGGCCGGAGGCAGCAAUUUCACAGAUAAGUUCUCGAUCUACAUGGAGUCAUUCGCCAUCUUAUGCCUAAAUCGGCCACCCGAUUAUUUUACUGAAUCGGCCUCACUUAAUGACUAGAAUUAUGGAGUCCAAUUUGUUACUAAAGCGUGAGACAAUUAAAGCGUGAGCCCGAUUUAGUAAAUCGGAAGGCCGAUAAUUAUAAUAAAAAUUAUAGUGAAGUGGAUUUUCAUGUACAUUAAACAUGUAGUUUUUACACAUUGUGUUUUGGCACAAACGGCAUCCCAUAUACAUAUAUAGCAGGUAAAUCCAUGUAGUAAGACACUUCAUAUCCCAAUGUGCUCUUGUCGUAGCUAAUAUGACGUCCUUUCUUGCUAUAUAUCUAUACCGUUAAAGUGUUCGGAGCUCUCUUCAGGUAAGCUGAUUACAUGCACACUGACUACCAUGCACUUAAACACCACAGCUCUUUUUAAGGACUGCUGUCAUAGUAGCUGUUGCACAUCUGCAACCCCAUGCAGCUUCAACUACUCAGCUACUCCUCUGAUUGAAACGAUCAACAUGAUUAUGCCUUCUCUUCUCUAACACUUCUAUUUAUUGCUGCACAAAGUGGAUGGACUAGAAACACAUUCAAUGUUGUAAUAGACCGUACAAACAAGUGAUCGAGAGAGAGCCAUAAUUAUAGAUCAAUCCCACGGAAACGCUAGACUGAGCGACUGACAAACUGCCUAUAAGUCACUUGUCUCUGUUGCAACGAGCAUUGCAGCCUGUUAGAUUGCUCAACGUCAUAUUAGCCCUGUAAUUGUAACCGCACUUACACUUCAGGGGAUUCAGUACAUUCCAUAGUAGCUAAAUCUCAUAGCAAAAUUUAACCACAUUAUCUAUAUCAUGUUUGGUAGUAUCGUAUAAUCUAUACACUUCCGCUGAGACGAGUGACUUAUAGGCAGUUUGUCAGUCGCUCGCCAGUCUACGGAAACGCAUUGAUUUAGUAAGGUUUCGUUUACAAAAAGAAAUUUAAAAGUAAAUGGAAUGAACCUCCCACCAGCAACUCUGAAGAGUACAAAAGCUCUGCUCUCAUAAUUAGUAAGACAUGUUUAGUACCUUGCAUAUAAUUAUUUUAUAUCGGUUUGCAAUAUGAGCACUGAUUUUACAUGCACUAGGCUAAGUCUGUUUUACUGUAGAGUGUGACUUCGUCCUCUCUCCUGAAGAGAUGAUGAAGCUUGCCAAGGCUACCACUGAGGAGGUUGACAUGGAGACAAACGCUGCAUAUGGGUUAAGAGCCAGAAAUGAGUUACAAACUGAACAAGUGCUCGUGGAGACCAAU